CGGCCUUGAUAUUAUUCAUCCUGCUCUUCUGUGUUCAAAGUUCACACUCCAGAUUCUACGGAACGCGACAGAAAAGACAAUAUGGCGCCAAUAUGUACUUACCAGCGAGUAGUAUUGUACCCGGUGGCGAGGGUGAUGAUGCCAACGAAUGGACUGACUGGAGUUCACCAUCUGAGUGUUCACGCUCGUGUGGCGGCGGCGUAUCGUUCCAAACUCGCGAUUGUCGCAGAAUUGCUCCUAAUGGUGCGCCUCUUUGCAAGGGUGGCAACCGCAAGUAUUUCUCUUGCAAUACUCAAGACUGUCCCGAGGAGGAGGCCGACUUUAGGGCGCAGCAGUGUGCGCGCUUCAAUCGCGUUCCCUUCGAUGGCGUGACCUACGAAUGGGUGCCGUACAUGAACGCGCCCAAUCCGUGUGAGCUCAAUUGUAUGCCGGUGGGCGAGCGUUUUUACUAUCGCCAGAAAGCGAAGGUCAUCGACGGCACACGCUGUAAUGACCGUGAUCUUGAUGUGUGCGUAGAUGGCGAAUGCCAGCCGGUGGGUUGCGAUAUGAUGUUGGGCUCAAAUGCAAAGGAGGACAAGUGCCGUAAAUGUGACGGAGAUGGCAGUACGUGUCAUACCAUUGCGAACACUUUCACUGCCAACAAUUAUCCAGUUGGUUACAACGACAUAGUACUCAUUCCGAGCGGUGCCACCAAUAUACGUGUACAAGAGACGACACCCUCAAAUAACUAUUUGGCCUGCCGCAACUCAUCCGGCCACUACUACUUGAACGGCAAUUGGCGCAUUGAUUUCCCACGUCCAAUGUUCUAUGCGGGCUGCUGGUGGAACUAUCAAAGAAAACCGGCAGGCUUUGCCGCACCCGAUCAGCUGACAUGCAGUGGGCCCACAACGGAAUCCAUUACCAUUAUGAUGUUGGUGCAGGAUAAGAAUGUGAGCAUAGAUUAUGAGUACAGUAUACCUGAGUCGAUAAAUAAUGCACCGCCAGUGGAGUAUUCCUGGACGCACAUGGAAUUCGAGCCAUGUAGUGUGCCCUGCGGAGGUGGCACACAGUCUCGCACAGUAACUUGCAACAACCGUAUGACUCUCGAAGAAGUUGAUCCAAAUUUGUGUGAUGCUGGCGCGAAGCCAUUGGAGGAGCAGGCGUGUAACGAGGAUCCAUGCGCACCUAAUUGGGUAGAAGGUGAAUGGGGCAAAUGCUCCAAGGGCUGUGGAGCUGAUGGUGUACAAAAUAGAACCGUUACCUGUGAACGUAUUUCGCCAAACGGAGACCGCACAGCAGAAGAAGAUUCAGUAUGUUUGCAAAGCGUGGGCAAUAAACCAGCCACCCAACAAGAGUGCAAUAGGGAUGUUAAAAAUUGUCCUAAAUAUCACUUGGGUCCUUGGGCACCAUGCGACAAGUUGUGCGGUGAUGGUAAGCAGAAGCGGAAAGUGACAUGCUACAUUGAAGAGAAUGGUCGGAAGAGAGUACUGCCAGAAGAAGACUGUGUGGAAGAGAAACCACCCACAGAGAAAGAAUGUAUGUUGGCUCCUUGUGAGGGUGUGGACUGGAUUAUAUCGGAAUGGAGCGGGUGUGAUGAGUGUGGACAAAAGACGGAAACACGCACUGCCGUUUGCGCCUCUAAGUCAGGCAAGAUCUAUCCCGAAGAAUUCUGUGCCCCCGAAGUACCCGCCCUGUCGCGACCAUGCAAAUCAUCAAAGUGCAAACCAAAAUGGUUCACCUCGGAAUGGAGCAAAUGCUCGGCGGCAUGCGGUAAGGGCGUACAGUCCCGUAUAGUGAUAUGUGGGGAGUUUGAUGGUAAAAGUAUAAAACCAGCUGACGAAACUAAAUGCGAUGCUUCGGCAAAACCAGAAACCGAGCAGGAGUGCGAGGGCGAGGAGAAAAAGUGUCCGGGUCAGUGGUUUACUGGACCGUGGGCUCCUUGCAGUAAAGCUUGCGGUGGGGGAGAGCGUACACGUGAGGUUUUGUGCUUAGCAAAUGGAACGAAGUCUCUCAACUGCGACGAAUCCAAAAUUGAGCCCCUUUCCGAAAAGUGCAACACUCAAGCGUGUACUGCUGACGAACUUCUUCCAGUCGAUAGUACUGCUUCACCGAUUGGCGAAGACGCUGACUUAGAAGAUGAAUGUGAAGAGGAAGAUGAGGGAUUAGAAUUGGCAACAAAGGAUGAUCUAAAGAUAUCUGAUGGUAUUGACCUCGAUGAAGAGACAACGACGUUAUCAUCACUUAUUACCGAUGAACUCAUGCUAAGUGAUUCACCCUCUACCGACGAAUCAAGUGAUACUACUUCUACAGACAUUCCAUUUACCACAGUCGAGGGAUCAGGGGAGGAAACAGAUAUUACUGAUGAAACUACUCUUGAGAGUGAAGGAAGUGGAGAGGAGCUCAGUUCGACUGCCGGAAUCUCUGAUACUACUGAAUUCGUUUCAACUGAGGUUUCUCCCACCGAGAAAACAUCUGAGGGAACAUCUGAAGAAACAACUCUGGUGUCUGGUUCAACAGAUGCAACAGAAUCUACAGAAUCGCCGGAAUCAUCAGCAUCUCCUGAAUCUACGCAAUCUACUGAGACAGGUUCAACUGAUGUUUCAGGUUCUACCGAGUCGACUGACACUUCGGCGUCUACUGCUUCUACCGAUGUCUCUGAAAGUACGCAAACUUCUCAAUCUACAGAAUCACCAGCAUCACCCGAAUCAACAGAAUCGACUGCAUCUGGUAGCACUGAUGAAUCCAGCUCUACAGAAGUUUCAUCUUCAACUGAUUCUACUGAAACUACUGGAUCUUCUGAGUCUACUGAGUCCUCUGCUUCUCCUGAAACAACAGAAUCACCUAUUUCUACUGAGCCCACAAUAGGCUCCUCAGAUACCACUGAAAGUUCUGAGUCUACUAGUGAAUAUAGUGAUGCCACAGGAUCCUCCAUAUCUACCGAAUCAGUAUCAACCGGGUCUUCAACCACGGACUCUACACAAUCAACAGAGUCUACCGAGUCUUCAUCCACUGAUACAACCGAAUCAACUGAGUCUACCUCUACUGAUACUACUGAAUCAACUGAGUCUACCUCUACUGAUACCACAGAGUCGACAGUCUCUUCAUCCACCGAUACAACAGAAUCAACUAGCGAGCACUCCACAGAAUCAACUGACUCCACGGAGUCUUCAGUCUUAGUUGAGUCCACAACAUCCUCUCCUUUGUCUACUGAAUCAACCGAAAGUUCAACCGACUUCUCAAGUUCCACUGAUACUACUGCUGACACCACUAUUGAUUCCACGGUUAGUGGUUCGGAUAUCACAACAGAAUCUACUGGUUCCGACACGACCGAAACGGGUAUUUCCGAUGAGACAGAGACAACUGACGUUAGCACUGAUUCUUCUCUUAGUACAAGUGAUUCUGGUAUUUCUGAAACUACAGAUGUCUCAACCGAUUCAACUGACACCACAGAAACAGAGGCUAGUGACACAACUGGUUCCUCAGAUUCAACAAUGUCUAGUGAAAGUGACGAAACUACAACAUUUUCAAGUGAUACUACCGAAAUCUCAGGCUCCACCGAUGUUUCAGAAUCCACAAUUUCAGUUUCAACUGAAGAAAGUACAACUGGAGUGUCGACUGAAUCUACCACCGAAGGAGUAUCAUCAGAAUCUACAUCAGUCAUUAGCUCGAGUGAAAGUUCCACGAUCAGCACUAGUGAAAGCACUGAAUCUUCUUCUUCAACUGAUGUGUCAGAAACAACAGAAACUGGAUCAACAGAAAGCACAGAGACAACUGAAAGUGGACCUACUGAAAGCACAGACACAACAGAGAGUGGAUCUACUGACGACACGACCCUUGAGGGCUCUGGGGAAACAGGUUCAACAGUUGAUAUCUGGUCUACAACUGGAGAAGAUGAAGAAAGCACUCCUAACACUCUGGAAGCUCUCGUCACUAAGGCACCAAAACUCAAGAAAUGCAAGGCUAAAAAAGACUGUAAAACAGCAACUUAUGGAUGUUGUCCUGACAAGAAGACACCGGCUAAGGGUCCAUUUGACGAAGGCUGUCCUAUUGUUAAAACAUGCGCUGAAACCAAAUAUGGAUGUUGCUCGGACGGUGUUUCACCAGCUGAAGGCGAAAACAAUGAGGGAUGCCCUAAAUCACAAUGCGCAGAGACAUUAUUCGGAUGUUGUCCAGACAACUUUACACCCUCUGAAGGAGAGGAAAAUGAAGGAUGCCCUGAAACAACGACCGCACCUCCAACAACAACCGUCGAAGUGGUCACAGAAGGAUCUGGAGAAACAACCGACGUACCAGAAAGUACAAUAUCUCCAGAAAGCACAGAAUCCACAGAAACUCCAGAAAGCACAGAAACUCCAGAGAGCACAGAAAUUGUAGAAAGCACAACUGAACCAGAGCUUGAAGUGGUUAAAUCUUGCUCUUUUGGUGAGUUUGGCUGUUGUCCAGAUGGCGUCACUGAAGCUAAAGGAAAAGACUUCGAAGGCUGUGAACCAGCUGCACCAGAUACUAGACAGUGUGCACAAACACCACAUGGUUGCUGUCCAGAUGGGCGCACUGCUGCCGCUGGCCCUGAUUACACAGGCUGCGCACCAUGCACACGCGAGCCUUUCGGUUGUUGCCCUGACAAUCAAACCCCUGCGCAUGGACCACUUGGUGAGGGUUGUUGUAUAAACACUCCAUACGGCUGUUGCCAAGACAACAUUAAUGCUGCACGCGGACCGAACUUCGAAGAUUGCGACUGCAAGUACACUCCUUACGGAUGUUGUGCCGACCAAAAGACGGCUGCACGAGGACCCAACAAUGAAGGCUGUAGUUGCGAGAGCUCACCACAUGGAUGUUGCCCAGAUAAGAUCACAGCAGCUAGUGGACCGAAAUUCGAGGGCUGCCCAUGCCAUACGCUACAAUUCGGUUGCUGCCCUGAUGGCCUUACGAUUGCACAGGGACCGCAUCACUAUGGUUGUCAUUGCUCACAAACCGAAUUCAAAUGCUGCCCCGAUGAGAAGACACCUGCUAAAGGACCAAACGGCGAGGGUUGCACUUGCUUGGAGAGCAAAUAUGGCUGCUGUCCUGAUGGUGCCACACCAGCGGAAGGUGAGAAGUUCGAAGGUUGCGGAUCGGUUAAGGAACCACCACAAAAGUCAUGCGGUCUACCAAAAGUUACUGGACCGUGCGGAAACUUCAGCAUCAAGUACUUCUUUGACACAUCGUAUGGUGCAUGUGCACGUUUCUGGUAUGGUGGAUGUGAAGGUAAUGAUAAUCGCUUCGAAACCGAAGGUGACUGCAAGGCUACCUGCCAAGAGUACACUGGCAAGGAGGCGUGCUUCUUGCCGAAAAGCUCGGGACCGUGCACAGGAUAUAACAAAAAAUGGUACUUUGAUGCCGAACGCAAUCGUUGCGAGGAGUUCAACUACGGCGGCUGUUAUGGCACAUCGAACAGAUUUGACAGUUUGGCCGAGUGCCAGGCACUCUGCGCCAUUGAUGAAACUACGCCGCCCUGCGAUCAGCCUAUGGAGCCUGGACCAUGUGAGGGUAGCUUUGAACGUUGGUAUUAUGACAACGAAACCGAUGUGUGUCGUCCAUUCCGCUUUGGCGGUUGCAAGGGCAACAAGAACAACUAUCCAACGGAUCAUGCUUGCAACUAUCACUGCCGACAACCCGGCGUACACAAAGAUUAUUGUUCGCUUCCUAAGCAACCCGGUGAUUGCAGUGAACAACAUGCGCGCUGGCAUUACUCGGACGCGGACAACAAGUGCAUGCCCUUCUACUACACAGGUUGUGGUGGCAACAAAAACAAUUUCCCAACCCAGGAGUCUUGCGAGGACCAUUGCCCGAAGGAAGUUGCCAAGGAUGUCUGCGAGAUACCUGCUGAAGUUGGCGCGUGCACCGACUACACCGCCAUGUGGUACUACGACACCAAGGAUGAGCGUUGCCGUCAAUUCUACUACGGCGGCUGCGGUGGCAAUGAAAAUAAGUUCCCUACCGAAGAGGCUUGUCUGCAGCGUUGCGAAAAGAAACCUGAACCUGAACCUGAACCCGAACCAAAGCUCGAACCUGCGCCAGCGCCCAGCUCGAACGAGGUCUGCCAGUAUAGUGCAGAUGCAGGUGAUUGCCGUGCCUACGUACUGCAGUGGUACUAUGAUAGAGACGCACAGGCAUGCCGUCAAUUCUACUAUGGCGGCUGUGGGGGCAAUGCGAAUCGUUUCAGUUCUCAAGAUGAGUGUAAUCAAUUGUGCGCCGUGCAACCUCCCGCUCCUGCUCCUGCUCCUGAGCGCCAGCCAGCUGCACAGCCCGCCCCAGCGCCGGUAACUGAAAAUGUUUGUGAAGUACCCUCAGAUCCGGGAGAUUGUGAUGACCCUACCUUGAAGUGGUACUACGAUACAACAGAGGGACGUUGCAAACAAUUCUACUAUGGUGGUUGCGGCGGCAAUGGAAAUCGGUUUGAAACCGAGGCGGCGUGCAGUGCACGUUGUUCGCCACAGGUGCCCUCCAUUACUGUGCGUUUGGGCGAAGAUGAAGAGGAACCAGCGCCGGCACCGGCACCUGCACCUGCGCCGGACUCGCGCGAAGACAGAGGUUGUACGCUGCAGCCCGAUUAUGGCCAAUGCUCGGACGCCAACCAGACGCGUUGGUAUUACAACUAUGCGGAAGGCCUGUGUGACGAGUUCAUUUACGGCGGUUGUGGUGGCAAUCAGAACAAUUUCAACAGCGAGGAAGAGUGCCAGGAUCAAUGCUUCGAGGUGCAGACAACAUGCUCACUACCACCACUGCCAGGUAGAUGUGAUGACCAUAUUAUACGCUGGUACUUCGAUGAACGCGACAAACGUUGCUACGAAUUCGAGUUCACUGGCUGUCGCGGCAAUAGAAACAACUUCGUAACAGAGGCGGAAUGUUUGCAAUGGUGCGGCAAUGAAUCACCUCAGCAACCCGAACCAGCUGCGCCGGCUUAUUCGGUUUGUGAUCUGCCUGUCGAGCGUGGCGAUUGCGAAAACAGUACCGUUGCAUGGUUCUACGAUGUUGAAACUAUGGCUUGCACAGCCUUCUCCUACUCGGGUUGUGGCGGUAAUGGUAAUCGUUUCGAAAGCAAGGAACAAUGCGAUCGCCAAUGCGGUGAAUUCAAAGGAGUGGAUGUGUGCAAUGAACCAGUGGAGACUGGUCCAUGCCGUCAGUGGCAGACGCGUUUCUAUUACAACAAAGCGGCACGCACUUGUGAUCCCUUCACUUAUGGUGGUUGUGAAGGUACGGCUAAUCGGUUUAGCGAACGCGCAGAGUGCGAGUCGGUUUGCAUUUUAGGUCAAGAACCAAAGACGCGCGCUCCCAAAGAUAUUUGUAAGCUGCCGGUACAAAGUGGAAGUUGCAACGGAACUACGGCCGACGAACGCCGCUACUACUACGACGACGAACGCGGCACCUGUGUAUCAUUCAUUUAUUCGGGUUGCGCUGGCAACCAGAACAAUUUCCGUUCUUACGAAGCUUGCUUUGAUUACUGUGCAAGAACAGAAAAGACACCAGAGAUCAGCGAUAACGAGAUCGAACCCAACGCAUGCGAAACCUUUGAGCAAGAAUGUCGUGUACUUCGUUGUCCGUUCGGCUCCCGUCGUGUACCGGUCGAGAAUAGCGAUUGCACUCGUUGCAUUUGUGAGAAUCCAUGUGAGCGUUAUGAGUGUGCCGAAGGUCAACAAUGCGCAGUCGACGUGUCGAGCGAUGCCUCCCGACAAUUCGUACCCGUAUGCCGUGACACCAAUAAGACAGGCGAGUGUCCGCGUCUCAGUGAACCAGAAGCGGAGAAUUGCGGUCGUGAGUGUUACACGGAUGCCGAUUGUCGCGAGGAUAACAAGUGUUGCAGCAACGGUUGCGGCUUUGUGUGCGUACGUCCUACGCAACCAACGUCUCGUCCGCGUCCACCAACCACACCCGCACCCGCUGUCAUUUACCCAGGCGAUACGCAGGUUGCGUUGGAGCCUAAGAAACCGCAAGAGGUUAAUGUGCAAUCGGCUGUUGGCGGAAUUGCUGUAUUGCGUUGCUUCGCCACUGGCAGUCCGCCACCGAAUGUUACAUGGUCGCGCAGUAAUGUAGUGAUUGACACCAAUCAAGGACGUUACGUGUUGACUGCCGCAGGUGACUUGACGAUAGUGCAAGUGCGUCAAACGGAUAGCGGCUCGUAUGUGUGUGUAGCCUCCAACGGCCUUGGAGAACCAGUGAGUCGCGAGGUGCAGCUGGCAGUGACAGAACCGAAAGAAAUACCCGCCUAUGUGUAUGGCGAUAAGAAUGCUACACAAAUUGUUGGCUUGAAUCGACCAGCGCAAGUGCGUUGUCCGGCCGGUGGUCAUCCAGCGCCGCAUGUCAGCUGGUGGCGUAAUCGUAAACGUUUGGGCUUGAUAAGCGAUCGCUUCGAAUUGACACGCGAUUACUCGUUGAUGUUCCGCUCCAUACAAUUGACGGAUCUGGGUCCAUACACUUGCGAGGUUUGGAAUGGCUUAGGUCGCCCAACCUCGAUGAAGGUGGUGUUAAAGGCCGUUGGACCAGCACGCGCCGUCACUAACGAUGAAGCGCCAUAUCUGCAGUAUAUCAUAGAUCCGGCACGCGCGCCAGUCACACAACGCCCCUCAUAUCCAUACCGACCACAACGACCACAGCCACCACCGCCACCAGUGUACGUCGAACCACCGCGCCGACCGCAAUUAAUGAGUGCGCAAGCUGUACUUGCAUUGGAUCCCAGAAACACCUACAGCCCGGGUGCAUCUAUUGCCAUGCAGUGUUCGGUGCAAGGCAACCCAGCACCGAAUGUGACCUGGACGAAGGACUCGAUACCGCUGCAGGCGAAUGAGCGCAUACAAAUUACAACUGAGCCGCAUACUUUGGUGAUAAGCAAUGCCACACCCGAGGACACUGGAAUGUACGGCUGUACGGCUAGAAAUUCCGUGAGCUACAACACCAGCGAAGAGAGAGUCACCAUUGAGUCUUCGAUACCGAUCCAUCCAGAUUGUGUUGAUAAUCCAUACUUCGCGAACUGUAAGCUGAUUGUAAGUGGUCACUACUGUCGUCACCAGUACUACGCCAAGUUCUGUUGCCGAUCAUGCACAUUAGCCGGCCAAAUAGCGUUCGCGCAUCCCAAUGCCUUGUAGACGACUAAGCGGAUAGGCGAACACGAACUCGCUUGAUGCAGAACACGCUUGCUUUACUACGAUGGCUUUGAGCUGCCCUUUUGGGAUAGCGCUUAAGCUCAAAGCAGUUGAAAUUCCAAAAAAAUGAAAAUAAAAAUAAUAAUUAACAGUACUAUUAACGCACAAAUUUAACAAGCUAGUAUUUUCUGCUCUAGAAUUAAUUAUUUAAAACCAAUACAUACAUACAAGUAUAUGAAGAACAAUGCCUGUCACACUCUAUAAAACACACCUUAGCUAACUCAACUCGGCGCAGGCGAGCUGUAGAUUCUCAGCUACUCUUAGUUUCAUUAUCACAUUAACUGCUGUCUCUUUGUAUUCUUUUCCGACAAAAAAAAAUUACAAAACUCGUAUUUUAUGCAGAAAAUUUUAUAUAAAGUAUUAAUUGGGAACUUUUGCUCUAUACACACUCACGCACGCUACACGCAUACAUGUUAAAUGAGAAUAAUAACGAAGAAUAAUAGCUUUUAUAUACAUACACACAUACUCGUAUAUACAUAAAAUAGAAAUUUAGUUUUUAAUUUGUUCCUAUUUAUUUUGCCCGUUCGUUCAGAUCGUUAACUGUGCACUCGAUUUGAUGGGCAUGCGAUACACAUACAUGCAUACUUAGCUGUAAAUAUGUGUAUUUAUGUAAAAGUCGGAAGUCACAAGAAAGCUCACACGCGCGCACACACACACAAACCAAUGUACUAAUACUCACACAAAACGAGCAAAAGGGUAACACACAGAAACAAUUGUGAGUCGCCCUUUUGUAAUUAAUUUUAAUUUAAACGAUUUUUUUUUUUGUAAUUACAAAGUGCCUUACGAUUUAUAAUUGUAGUAGUGAUUUGUGCAUUGAUUUAAGAAUUCAAAUAAAAAUGUUAAACAAGUUUUUGUAAAUAAACUAAUGAUACAAAAGAGAAUAAAUAUA